AAUAAAAAAAUUACAAAUUAUUGUGCUAUAUCUAUUCGUCCAAUUUUCUCCGAAAUCAUUUGAUGUAAGUGGCCUUGUGGAAGACCAAAACAUGGCAGUGAACGAUGAUGAAAUUAUAAAGAGAAGACUGUUAUAUGAAGGAGAUGGGGGAAAUGACGAUAAGCGCAUUAACAGUCUGCUGAAGACGUUCAUACGAUGGUGUCACUCCUCAGAAUCGCAGCAGGAAAACGCUCUAGGAUUGGAGAGAAUGAUGGCUUCUCUGAUGCAAUGUGAACACACGAUGGAGAAGUCUAUGCUGGUUCAUACCAUGAACACCAGGGAGCAGGACAACUACAACAAACUCAGUCAAGAAAUAGAAGCAAAGAUUCAGGAUGCUACGGAGAAGAUUGCUGAAUGUAAAAAUGAAUUAUCACAAGCGAAGCGAAUACGAAAAAAUCGACAAGAGUAUGAUGCUUUAGCAAGAGUGAUACAGCAACACCCAGAUAGACAGGAAACAAUGAAACAGUUACAGGGUUUAGAUAAAGAUGUGUCCAGCUUGGAGGAACAGAAGAAAUCACUAGAGGAAAAGCUGGAUUUGAGAAGAAAGCAGUUCCAUGUUUUGAUUGCAGCCAUCCAUGAAUUGGAAAACAUUUUAGACGAGGAUGAAGCUAAAGAAGGAGGGGCUGAAGAAAUGGACACUAACUGAGACAUGAACUGGGAGUGUUUACAGAGAGGCAGCGAUGUGCAAUGAGAUGGCCCCGCCCCCAUGGAGGUGUAAACUUAGGGCGACUGAAACACCUUACAGAGGGGAUUUUAUCUGAACACAAUUAAAGUGUUGACUAUGAGAACCUGUAUGUAGGGUGUGAAUGGCAUCUCAUUAAGCAUAAAUUAUCUUCAUUUUCUAUUGUAUUUGAUUCCGCAUAUGUACAGUGUAUCUAUAACAAUUGUAUGUUUGAGAUCAGGAACAUUAAAAAUUUAAAAAUUCAGCUCA